ACCAGGAAAUGGCCGUGGUCACCUCGCACAGCGCUGAAGACAUAGAGCGCGUUAUUCCUGUGUGCAGAGGCGGCGCCACAGUGUGAAGUGAUGAAAGCUUUAUGUAGUAUGGACAGCACCCUACACAUCAACAAUCUUUCCCAUUAAACACCUAAUAGGCAAAGAGAAGGGAACAGAAAUGAAACGCCUAACCCUUGCCUAAGGGAAUAUUCACACUGAGUCUUUUGGUGUGCUAAAUAGUAACUGAUGCGGAAUCUGCUUAGAUGUGUUUUUGUUACGGAUUUUCAAAGCCAAGCCCAUUGAAGAUUGUACAACCUACCUCACCUUGCACCCCUUCUCUUCCCAGUGCCGUUUUUGGGCAAUUUGUAUUUGGUUUCCACAAUAACCCAUUAGAUCAGUAUUAUGGCUGAUCCCGGUACCUCCCGAGGACGCCAGGAUCGGACAGUCAAGGUUCGCUUGUCGGAAAUGCGACUGUUGAUGAAAAUAAUCAUCAAUGUUGUUCGGCGACGGCGCUGGCGGGAGGAAGAAGCAAGACGUCGCCAACGUCGUCGCCGCUAUUGGGUCCACCCAAUAAAUCGUUUGCGCUAUGAAAGGGGCCAUAUUGGACAGCUAUACAGCGAAUUACGAAGCUUUCCACAAAAAUUUUUUGAUUUUGUGCGGAUGCCAAUUAAUGCUUUUGAUAGGCUGCUGGAAAUUUUGUCAGAACAUUUAUGUCGUCAGGACACCAUCAUGAGGAGGUCCAUCACGCCAAUGGAGAGGCUGCUCAUCACCUUGAGAUUCUUGGCUACAGGGGAGAGUUUUGCAUCGUUGCAUGUCCAAUUCCGAGUUGGUAAAUCUACCAUAUCCGGAAUUGUCAGGACCACAUGCCAUGUGAUCUGGCAGUAUUUGCAACCCAUUUCAAUGCCUAGUCCUACCCCAGAGAUUUGGUUGCAGGUGACAGCAGGCUUUCAGUCUGUGGCCAAUUUCCCUAAUUGCAUAGGUGCUGUCGACUGUAAGCAUCUACGUGUUCGCCAGCCCCCGCACUCAGGAUCACGACACAUCAACUACAGGAAGUACUUUUCUGUGGUCCUGAUGGCAGUUGCUGAUUCCACGUACAAGUUUGUUGGUAUCGCUGUCGGCGCCUAUGGAAGCACUGAGGACUCUCGGGUGCUAUUAAAAUCGGAAUUAGGGAGGCAAGUACUGCAAGACCAGGUGACUCUUCUUCCACCACAACCUCUUCCGGGUACCACAGAUCCAGCCCCAUUCGUUAUGGUAUCCGAUGAGGCUUUUCCGCUGAUGACCAACCUGCUGCGCCCAUACCCACGAAGGAGACUGGAUGCCCGAAAGAGAGUCUUCAACAUGAGGUUGAGCCAGGCACGAUGCUUUGUGGAGGGCACCUUUGGGAUGUUGAGUAGUAAGUGGAGGGUCUUCACCAGUGCAAUGCAGUUGGAUGAGGCCACAGUUGACGAGGUCAUUAAAGCUGCCUGUGUUCUCCACAACUAUGUGCGUGACUAUGACAGUACCACCAUGGACAUGGAGACACAGUCUGCUUUUGGUGACCAAAAUGUCAACUGGGGCUUGGGUAGGCCAUCCAACCGCGCUAUGCUGGUGAGAAAAACCUUUGCGGACUACUUCAUGAGUCCUGAAGGUGCCGUGUCUGGGCAAUUUGACAGCCUCCGUGAUGGGCAACCACCCCAGGAGUGAUGAAUCUUCUCAUGUUGGCCAGCACACCAUCUUUGUAUUUAAUUUCUCUUGGCUGCUUUUUUCAGCAGAAUAUUGAUCUCAAGUAUGGACUCAUUCCACAGUGGACUAUUGCCUUAGGCAUUAUUAUUCUAUCGGAACUUUGUGACUUUUGGCCUGUGAAUAUUUUUCUGUUGUCCAACUGCCCCCACACACAUUACAUUGCCACAUGGUGGUAUACGUUUGUUAUAAUAAAUAUUAUUUUGAAUAAUGAGAAUGCAGUGCAUCAGUUAUAGCCUUAUGAAUUUUAAGGAUAAACUGUAUUGUGUGUUCGCAUAUACCAAGAUGCGUUUGCAAAACAAUGUAGAUUUUGCAGCGUAUGCAAAUUUUGACAUACUGUAUAUGUCUGUGUUUAUAUGAAAGGAGUUUUUUCAUCCAUUUAUAUAUUGAUGAGCUAGCCUCUGGAUCAGUGAUGAAUAUUUGAUCUGUGGUGGAAACAAUACAGUGGUAGAACCUGGAAGUCGAAGACUCCAUACUCUGUGUAGUGGAUGUACUGGCAUACUGUACCUCCCAUUGAAGGCAUUGCGAGUUCACUGCCACUACAUAGUGUAUGGAGACUUCUCCUUUUCACGCCAUCCUCUGUGUAGUUUAUUGCACCCACAACUGCCACAAACAAGUAAUCAUUUGGGGUACCAGACCACCACCAAUCUGUCCUAAAUCAACUAUCAUGAGGGUAGCCCAUCAAUCACAAAUCAAGGCAAGAAAAUCCUUUUUUAAUGUUGACCUAUCCUUAGAACCUCUGCCAAUCAUAUGGUUGGCAAUAAACUAUUUUGCACAUGUAUUCUUGACAGUUCACACUAUAACAUAAAAUAUUGCCAAAUUCUAUUGCUUGCUCUGGAUCUGAACAAGGGAUGCCUCGUGUAAAUUCAGAGACAUUAUGUGUGCCAAAAGGCAUGUGUGUACAAGGGUUAUGUAUAUGUUUUGGAUCAUAGGCAAAAGUUAGACUCAGACUCGUUUUCAUCACAAUUUUAAUGAAAAUUUAAAUAGAAAAUUAACAUAAAAUAAAAAAACGAUUUACAUAUUUUGGCACCAACCACACAUACAAACUCAGCCCAACAAAAAUAUUAAAAAUUAUUGAAAAGGGAGGACUUUCCUCACUAUUGUGGACAGAAGGGGUAGAUGGCUAGGUUCCAGAGGUUAGUUGGCCUACUGCUUUUGUAUGUUGUCAGAAGGUAGGGGAAGAAGGAGUGCAAGGCACUUACUAAUGUAUUAUCAUUAUCUACAGGUGAAACUUGAAAAAUUAGAAUAUCGUGCAAAAGUUCAUUUAUUUCAGUAAUGCAACUUAAAAUUAGAAUUUUGUGAAAAGGUUCAAUAUU